AUGGAAGCACCAAGAAGUUGCAGCUCACCAUGCUGCUUGCUCAUCUUUGUGUUAGCACUGGCCCGUUGGUGCAGCAUCUCAAUGGCCACCUGUACCUUCACCAUAUCGAACUACUGCUCCCAGCCCAUAUGGCCAGGGACACUCGCCGGCGCGGGCACACCGCAGCUGUCGACGACAGGGUUGAGGCUCGACCCUGGGCAGACCGUGCAGGUUCCGGCGCCGACGGGGUGGUCCGGCCGGAUGUGGGCGCGUACUGGCUGCGUGUUCGACGCGAGCGGCAUGGGCGCGUGCCAGACCGGUGACUGCGGCGGGCGCAUGGAGUGCGCCGGCACCGGCGCGACGCCUCCGGCGACACUGUUUGAGAUCACGCUGGGGAAGGGCGCCGCCGACCUGGACUACUACGACGUGAGCCUCGUGGACGGGUACAACCUUCCGGUCGUCGCCGUCCCGCGGGAGCGGCAGGGCGGCGGCUGCAACGCCACCGGCUGCACGGCCGACCUCAACCGCUCGUGUCCCAAGGAGCUGCAGGUGGACAACGGCGGCGGAACGGUGGCGUGCCGGAGCGCGUGCGAGGCGUUCGGGCAGGACAGGUACUGCUGCAGCGGCGCAUACGCGACGCCGACGACGUGCCACCCGACGGCCUACUCGUCCAUCUUCAAGUCGGCGUGCCCGCGCGCGUACAGCUACGCCUACGACGAUGGCUCCAGCAUCUUCACCUGCAACACCGCCGACUACACCAUCGCCUUCUGCCUCCCUCCCUCCGGGUAAUCUCGCCGGCGUCUCAGAACACUGUUUGCUGCCAGUAACACUGAUCGGAACCAAGAAACACUGACAUGCGCUUCUGAUCUCACCAAUUCUGACGAACCAACCAAGAACUCAUCCUUGACGUCUGCCAAAAGUUCAGACUUCAGAUUCAA